AUGCAGGAGACCCGGGUUCAAACCCAGGGUCAGCAAGAUCCCCUGGAGAAGGAAAUGGCAACCCACUCCAGUACUCUUGCCUGGAAAAUUCCAUGGACUGAGGAGCCUGGUAGGCUACAGGGUUGCAAAGAGCUGGACAUGACUGAGUGCCUUCACUUUUCACUUUUUCACUCAGUGAAGGACGGGGAAGCCUUGUGUGCUGCAGACCCUGGGGUCAGAAAGCCAGACACGACUGAGGGCCUGAACAACCACAACAACAGUCACCUCCUGUGUCCCAAGGUGGGAGGAGGCAGUCCUGAGGGGUCCCGGACUCUCAGCAGCUCUGGCCAGUAG